AUGAGGCUUCACAUCAUCUCUGAGCUCCUGGUUAUGGCCGCCGCCCCCCCGCCGCCGCCACCGGGGACGCACUCGGAGGUGAACGGAGACUUACCGGGGAACCCGUGCCUGAGGGACGGGUCGGACGCCGUGAUGGAGAGUCCGCUGAGGGAGCCUGUGGUGCUGCAGUAUCCUGCCCAGUACCCCCCCGACCAGCAGUAUCCUGCCCAGUACCCCCCCGGCCAGCAGUGUGGGGAGAAGAUGCCGUUCCACCACGUGACGGCCGGCCUGCUCUACAAGGGGAACUACCUGAGCCGCUCGCUGUCGGACAGCGACAGCGACGUGAUGGCCAGCAUCUCCGUGGAGGAGCUCGAUGAGAUCCGGGAGGCGUUCAAGGUUCUGGACCGGGACGGGAACGGGUUCAUCUCCAAACAGGAGCUGGGCAUGGCCAUGCGCUCGCUGGGUCACAUGCCCAGUGAGGUGGAGCUGGCCAUCAUCAUGCAGAGACUAGACAUGGAUGGUGAUGGACAGGUGGACUUCAAUGAGUUCAUGACGAUCCUCGGACCCAAGCUCCUGUCGUCUGAGACGAGAGAAGGUUUCCUGGGCAGCACAAUAGACACCAUCUUCUGGCAGUUUGACAUGCAGCAGAUCAGCCUGGAGGAGCUGAAGCACAUCCUGUUCUACGCCUUCCGCGACCACCUGACCAUGAAGGACAUCGAGAACAUCAUCAUCAACGAGGAGGAGAGUCUGAAGCAAAACUCCGGGAACUGUCAGUUGGAGUAUGAGGGAGUUCACCCGGCGAAGAAGAACCGCCAGACGUGCGUGAGGAAGAGCCUCAUCUGCGCCUUCGCCAUGGCGUUCAUCAUCAGCGUCAUGCUCAUCGCAGCCAAUCAGAUGCUGAGGAACGGCAUGGAGUAG